UAACAUUUCCCACGGGCCACUGCCGAAUGCUCAGCCCAAUACUUCCUUGUAUAAGGCCCGGCCCGAAGCAAGAAAAAACCCAUAUUACUCGUUCGUGUGAAGCGCACGUGACGGAAUCCUGGUUGGGCCGCCGUCGUCUCUCUUUACUUGUAUCUCUCGUCGUCUCCUCUGCCAAUCGCAUACCCUUCCACACAGACCAACGCAUCCACCGUCAAAUCUCGCUAUGUACAGAACGGCCGCGUCAAGAGUUAGGUCUCUCAAGCGCCUGACAGGUUCUAGGGGAUGGGCUGGAUAUGCAAGUACUGUUGCUGCAACCCAGUCAUCGUCUGGAAGUCUCUUCAGUUGGUUGACGGGUGAGCAGUCAUCCUCACUUUCACCUCUAGACUUCCCCUUAAAGGAUGUUACUCUUCCCUCUCCACUACCAGACUAUGUUGAGCCUGGAAAAACUAGGAUAACCACUCUUGCAAAUGGUCUCAGAAUUGCCUCUGAAACUUCAGCGACUCCUGUAGCUUCAAUCGGCUUACAUGUUGAUUGUGGCUCAAUCUAUGAAACCCCAGAUUCAUUUGGUGCAACACAUCUUUUGGAACGGAUGGCCUUCAAAAGUACCCUUAAUAGGAGUCACUUGCGUAUUGUACGAGAAGUGGAGGCAAUUGGGGGAAAUGUAAGUGCAUCAGGCUCACGGGAACAUAUCAGUUAUACCUAUGAUGCACUAAAAACUUAUGUUCCCCAAAUGGUAGAGCUCCUUAUUGAUUGUGUGAGAAACCCUGCAUUUUUGGAUUGGGAAGUUAGCGAACAGCUUCACAAGGUGAGUGAUGAUAUUAGUGAAAGCUCCAAAAAUCCUCACCACUUGCUGGUGGAGGCCAUCCAUUCAACUGGCUACUCCGGCCCCUAUGCAAAUGCUCUUUUGGCUUCUGAAUCUGGGGUUAACCAUUUGAACAGUACUGUUUUAGAGAAGUUUCUUUCUGAGAACUACACAGCUUCUAGGAUGGUCCUUGCUGCAUCAGGCGUUGACCAUGAUAAGUUGCUGGAAUAUGCAGAGCCGCUUCUUUCUGAUCUUCCAUUAGUUCCUCAUCCAUCUGCUCCAAAGCCACUUUAUACAGGAGGCGAAUUCCGCCGUCAUGGUGAUUCUGGGGUUACCCACUUUACUCUUGCCUUUGAACUUCCUGGUGGCUGGAUCAAAGAAAAGGAUGCUAUCACAUUGACUGUUCUUCAGAUGCUGAUGGGUGGAGGUGGAUCUUUCUCAGCUGGUGGUCCUGGGAAAGGGAUGUACUCAAGAUUAUAUCUCCGUGUACUGAAUGAGCAUCCUGAGAUUCAGUCCUUUUCGGCAUUCAACAGCAUUUGCAAUCAUAGUGCUUUAUUUGGAAUUCAAGGAACCUCAGGAUCUGAUUUUGCAGCUCAUGCCAUUGAGAUAGCUGCUAGGGAGCUCAUUGCUGUUGCAACUCCUGGACAAGUUGACAUGGUGCAACUAGAUCGUGCAAAACAGUCUACAAAGUCUGCCAUUUUAAUGAACCUAGAAUCCAGAAUGGUCGCUGCAGAAGACAUAGGCAAACAAGUUUUAACUUAUGGAGAGAGGAAACCUGCGGCUUAUUUCCUGAAUGCCGUUGAUGAAGUUACCAAGGAAGAUAUUGCUAAAACUACACAAAAGCUUUUGUCAUCUCCCCUCACCAUGGCAUCUUAUGGCGACGUGCAUCAUCUGCCAAGCUACGAACAAGUUAGCAGGGUUUUCCAUUAAAAACCAAGUUGUCUGUGUGGCUCCGAUGAGACCGUUGAUGAUGCUCUGAAGGCGAUCUGAAAUUUUGGCGGCCUUUGGAUGGAUAUUCAAUGGAAAUAGGGUCCGAUGAACCCUUCACUUCGCUUGAACAAUAAAUGAUGAGCUUCUAGGCAGGAAACCAUUUUACACACAAUUCUGUCACUUUGCGGAUUAGCAUACCAAAUUAUUGAGGUUCUUGUUGAUCGUGGCUAAGUAUGCCAUAACUGAAAUGUUGCUUUUUUACGAGCUAUAAUUCUUUGAUGAAUGGACAUCUUUCAGUUCAAAUAUGGUGUUUAGAAUAAUUUGUGGUUGUAAUAGAAUUAUGAUAAAGAAAUACACCCUUGUAGGUGAGAUCUUUGCUUUAUUUUAAUUAUUUUAAUAUUCAAAUAAAAGGUGUGAUCUUUGUUUCA